AUGGCUGAUAACAAAAGUCCCGACGAUCUUUCUACCGCAAUUUUACGGCGCAAGGACAGGCCCAAUCGUUUGAUCGUCGAAGAAGCCGUCAGCGAUGAUAACUCAGUUGUUGCACUAUCACAGGCGAAAAUGGAGCAGCUACAAUUGUUCAGAGGUGACACAGUCCUAUUGAAAGGCAAGAGGCGCAAGGAGACAGUAUGCAUUGUGCUCUCAGAUGACAACUGUCCCGAUGAGAAGAUCCGCAUGAAUCGUGUAGUGAGGAAUAAUCUGCGAGUGCGUCUCUCCGAUGUUGUGUCUAUUGCUCCAUGCCCCUCAGUGAAGUAUGGAAAGCGUGUGCACAUUCUGCCGAUUGACGAUUCAGUUGAAGGUUUGACUGGAAACCUCUUUGAAGUAUUCUUGAAGCCAUACUUCAUGGAGGCCUACAGACCAAUCCAUCGUGAUGACACCUUCAUGGUACGCGGAGGUAUGCGCGCUGUGGAGUUUAAGGUCGUCGAAACGGAUCCAGCACCAUACUGCAUUGUGGCACCAGAUACAGUCAUCCAUUGCGAGGGAGAUCCCAUUAAACGAGAGGAAGAGGAAGAAGCACUCAACGCAGUUGGUUAUGAUGACAUUGGUGGGUGCCGCAAGCAGCUUGCUCAGAUCAAGGAGAUGGUUGAGCUGCCGUUGCGGCAUCCAUCACUCUUCAAGGCCAUUGGUGUGAAGCCGCCGCGUGGUAUUCUCAUGUACGGCCCGCCGGGAACUGGAAAGACGCUUAUUGCAAGGGCUGUAGCUAAUGAGACUGGGGCUUUCUUCUUCUUAAUCAAUGGUCCGGAGAUUAUGUCAAAGCUGGCUGGAGAGUCUGAAUCCAACUUGCGUAAAGCGUUCGAAGAAGCCGACAAGAACUCUCCAGCCAUCAUCUUUAUUGAUGAACUGGAUGCUAUCGCCCCUAAGAGAGAGAAAACCCACGGAGAAGUUGAACGGCGUAUUGUGUCUCAGCUACUGACUCUUAUGGACGGUAUGAAAAAGUCGUCCCACGUAAUCGUCAUGGCUGCGACCAAUCGACCCAACUCGAUUGACGCGGCGUUGCGUCGCUUCGGUCGUUUCGACCGCGAGAUCGACAUCGGCAUCCCGGACGCGACUGGACGUCUUGAAAUUCUUCGCAUUCACACCAAGAACAUGAAGCUGGGAGACGACGUUGACUUGGAACAGAUCGCAGCUGAAUCUCACGGUCACGUGGGCGCUGACUUGGCGUCGCUCUGCUCGGAGGCCGCCCUGCAGCAGAUCCGUGAGAAGAUGGACCUCAUCGAUCUUGAGGACGAUCAGAUCGACGCUGAAGUUCUCAACUCGUUGGCUGUUUCUAUGGAUAACUUCCGUUACGCAAUGACCAAGUCGUCUCCGUCUGCCCUUCGCGAGACCGUUGUGGAGGUGCCCAACGUGACCUGGACAGAUAUCGGAGGCUUGCAAAACGUGAAGAAGGAGCUCCAAGAGUUGGUUCAGUACCCUGUGGAGCACCCGGACAAGUUCCUCAAGUUUGGCAUGCAGCCAUCUCGUGGUGUGCUGUUCUAUGGACCGCCUGGUUGCGGUAAGACCUUGCUGGCUAAGGCGAUUGCUAACGAGUGUCAGGCUAACUUCAUCUCGGUGAAAGGUCCCGAAUUGCUCACCAUGUGGUUCGGUGAAUCUGAAGCCAACGUGCGAGACAUCUUCGACAAGGCCCGCUCUGCUUCCCCGUGUGUACUGUUCUUCGACGAGUUGGAUUCCAUCGCCAAGUCUCGUGGCGGCUCGGUGUCGGACGCCGGUGGUGCCGCUGACCGAGUCAUCAACCAAAUUCUGACUGAAAUGGACGGCAUGGGCGCUAAGAAGAAUGUUUUCAUUAUCGGUGCGACAAAUCGUCCCGACAUCAUCGACCCGGCCAUCUUGCGUCCGGGACGUCUAGACCAGCUGAUCUACAUUCCUCUGCCAGACGAGAAGUCCCGCGAGGCCAUUCUUCGCGCCAACCUACGCAAGUCUCCCAUCGCCAAGGAUGUUGAUCUUACGUACAUCGCCAAGGUGACUCAAGGGUUCAGCGGUGCCGAUCUGACUGAGAUCUGUCAGCGCGCGUGCAAGCUCGCCAUCCGGCAGGCGAUCGAGGCGGAGAUUCUGCGCGAGCGCUCACGCCAGCAACAAGCGGCCGCUGCUGUUAUGGACAUGGACGAAGAGGACCCGGUGCCCGAGAUCAGCCGUGCCCACUUCGAGGAGGCGAUGAAGUUCGCGAGGCGCUCCGUCUCAGACAACGACAUUCGCAAGUACGAGAUGUUCGCGCAGACGCUGCAGCAGAGCCGCGGCUUCGGCACCAACUUUAGGUUCCCGUCAAGUGGCGGCGCGUCAGGGGGGACGGGCACUUCGGGCGGCGACCAGCCCACCUUCCAGGAGGAGGCCGGCGACGACGACCUGUACAGCUAG